AUGAAAAACCAUUUUCGGCACUCCCAAACCCCCAAACACCUGGAGGCUGUCGCUAGGUUCGAAGCCCAUGUCGCGGCACAACAUGCCAUUCUGCCCGGGAUAAAUGCCGGAAACCCACCUUCACCAGCUGCAACCAAUCAUCAGUUGGAACUCCUGGAUGACGAAACCUCCAACCACGACUCUGACCCUCCAGAACGGCCACCGACCCCAAUAUCAUACCUCCGCGCCCUGGAAAUGGCAGAAAUCACUUACGCCUCGAGUGAUGAAGACUCUGACCUAGAAGCGGACGUCCACAAGAUAGCAGAGGCGUUCUGGGCAAUGGAGGCAGAAGACGGAGCCAGAGAUGAUGAGCUGCUCGAUGACACGGCCCUGGAAACUCAUGCCCGUGCCGUACCCGAGUCCUCUGAAUGGUAUCCUUUUAAAAGAAAAGAAGUGAGUCCCACCAUUGGUUUGGCGAGUUCAGGUGGGGUAUGA